AUGUUCGUCGAGGCGCACGUUGCUAGCCACAUUGAGGAAAACUUCGGCAGCCCAGAACUUUUUAUUCCCGAGCGCUGGCUCAAGUCGAACAAGGACAUUUGGCACCAUGAAAGCUACGCAUCUCUGCCGUUCAGCUAUGGACCGCGGAUGUGCUUGGGUCGGAGGAUGGCGGAGCUCCAAAUAUGUCUGUUCAUGGUCAAGGUUCUGCUGAGGUACGAACUCCACUAUGACAAAGAAGACGUGGACAUUCACGGACGGCUGGUUUAUGAGCCGAAGACUCCCGUAGACAUUGUUUUCAAAAAACUUCCAGCGCCACUUGGUGCAAAGGCGCCAGUGUUAUGA